AUGGAAAGUGUGGCCCCCACAGCCCCUGAGCAACCUACAGAUGAAACGGAGAAUCAAAUAAAGUCUCCUGAUCCAAGGCCUGAUGCUCCUCCUGACUACAAUUCCCAUUUUGUACCAGGACCCCCUGGACCAGCUGUCCCUGCACCUGCAGGCUACCCAGGAGGCUUGCCUGUGGGAUACUACAGCCCACAGCAUCCCUGUGCCUUCCCCUCAUAUCAGCUACCUGGUGGUAUUCAUCCUAUCCAGUAUCAGCCUGGCAAAUAUCAUAUGCCAAAUCAGCCUGUUCCAAUAACAUGGAUGCCAGGGCCUGUUCUUAUGCCAAACUGUCCUCCUGGUCUGGAAUACUUAACCCAGUUGGACAACAUACACGUCCUUCAGCAUUUUGAGCCUCUGGAAAUGAUGACAUCUUUUGAAACUAAUAAUAGAUAUGAUAUUAAAAACAACCUGGACCAAAUGGUUUACAUCGUAACUGAAGACACAGAUGACUUUACCAGAAAUGCUUAUCGGACACUAAGGCCCUUCGUCCUCCGGGUCACCGACUGUAUGGGCCGAGAAAUCAUGACAAUGCAGAGACCUUUCAGAUGCACCUGCUGUUGCCUCUGUUGUCCCUCCACCAGGCAAGAGCUGGAGGUGCAAUGUCCUCCCGGUGUCCCCAUUGGCUUUGUUGCGGAACACUGGAACCUGUGCAGGGCCGUUUACAGCCUCCAGAAUGAGAAGAAAGAAAAUGUGAUGAGAGUGCGCGGGCCUUGUUCAACCUACGGCUGUGGUUCAGAUUCGGUUUUCGAGGUCAAAUCCCUCGAUGGCGUGUCCAACAUUGGCAGUAUUAUUAGGAAGUGGAACGGUCUGUUAUCAGCAAUGGGCGAUGCUGACCACUUUGAAAUUCACUUCCCGUUAGACCUGGAUGUGAAGAUGAAAGCCAUGAUUUUUGGAGCUUGCUUCCUCAUUGACUUCAUGUAUUUUGAAAGAUCUCCAUCACAACAUUCAUCAAGAUAGAUGGACACAGCAAAUCAGCAAUUAUGGCUAGUAAAAAAAAUUAGAAAAGUUGGAUCAGGCUUACAAUCCCCUCAAUUAUUUGCAAAUAUAUGAAUCUGCUUUUGCAGAUUAUUUUCACUGGUUAUUAGCUCUAACAGGCUAA